ACGUACUCAUUUACUUGUUUGUAUGUUUCAUAAAUUUGAAAUUCUCUUAAACUAAUUUCUAUCGCUUUUGAUUUUCAUUUUAUAUUGAAUACUUCCUAUGCAUUUUCAAUUUUAUCGAAAUAUACGUAUUAAAGGUUAUCAUUUUACAAACAAUGCAUGUUAUUUUGUUAUUAUUCUUUUAAAUUUAAUAUUAAUAUUUGCCCUGAGAACGAUUACGGUACAAUUAAUGUAGUCAUUGUACCUAAACUGUAUCGAAUUUUAACGGUUCGAAAUCAUAUUAAAUGCUAACGGUAUUUGUAACCUUUCGAAAUUCCUGGAUAUCACAGUCUGAAGUGCGUACCUUUAUUUGUACGUUAAAAUCGUUCACUAAAGAUUCGCGGUUAUUUCGCAAAUUUGAAGUGGUAAAGGAUUUGCUUAGAAUGGGUCGAAGGAAAAGUAAACGACAAGCUCCGCAAAAAAGAAAGGCUAUUGAGCCUUUAGAUGUACAAUUUACAUGCCCAUUUUGUAACCACGAAAAAUCGUGUGAAGUCAAGAUGGAAAAAAGUAAAAAUACAGCAAGAAUUGUUUGCCGUGUUUGUUUAGAAGAUUACCAAACUAAUAUUAACAUACUAUCUGAACCAGUUGAUGUGUAUAACGAUUGGAUCGAUGCCUGUGACGUUAUUAAUUAAUCAUUUUCAUUGUUCAGUACAAUGAAAGUUGUGUGCCUUUUUAUAUAAUUGACCGAUUAUGAGAUUCGUGAUGCAUAUUACAAUUUAUUUUAAUAUGUUUAAUAUUAAUAUCAUCGAUGUAAGUGAUCAAAAAAUAAACUUGUA